AUGACCCCCAAAACACCCCAGCAGUGGCAGCAAGUGGUGGGACAUGAAGGGAGUUUUCAAGUUGGAGACCAUGGCACGCUGUUGAAAAAGUUCUGUGAGGGGGAACAGCAAUGCUACGUGAAACUUAUGGCGGAUCAUUUGAGGCCGUUUGUUCCAGCGUAUUACGGUGUUGUGCAGAAAGAAAAUCAGGAUUACAACAUGAUGGAGAAUCUACUGACCAAUUUCAGUUCCCCUUACAUUAUGGACUGCAAGAUCGGCAGCAGAACAUAUCUUGAGAAUGAGCUACAGCUGGCUCGUGAGCGCCCCCAGCCCCGCCAUGACAUGUUUGAGAAGAUGGUGGCAGUGGAUCCAGGUGCCCCAACAGCCGAGGAGCAGGCCCAGAAGGGUGUCCUGAAAAGCAGAUACAUGCAGUGGAGGGAGACCCUGAGCUCCACCACCACACUUGGUUUUCGCAUCGAAGGAUUUAAGAAACCAAAUGAAGAUUGUCAAACAAAUUUUAAAAAGACCAAAAGCAAAGAACAAGUGAUGCAAGCCCUGAGUGACUUUGUGGAAUCUAAAAGGCAAAUCGUGUGGGGUUACUUGAGACAGUUAAAACAGCUUCGGCAAGUCCUGGAGACCUCAGACUUCUUCAAAACACAUGAGGUCGUCGGCAGCUCCUUACUGUUUUUACACGAAAGCUCUGGAAAAACAGGAGUUUGGAUGAUUGACUUUGCAAAAACGGUGGCCCUCCCACCACACUUCAGCGUGGACCACAGAUCUCCCUGGGUGGAGGGAAACCGAGAAGACGGAUACCUUUGGGGCCUGGACAACCUCAUCGACAUCCUGAACAAUAUGCUCCACAGCUACAACACCUAA